GCUCUAUAGUCCAAAGAAAAGGUAGGUGCAGCUUCCCAGUGAAUCAGGACCAUAGGGACAGUCAUUUUUGAUAAUUCAGUCAGAGCAAAAUGUUUGGCCUCUCUUACAUGAAGAAUUGAUUCUGGUUUGCCAUGGCUAUGUGCAUGAAUCCUCAGAGGGAGUUCACCUCACAUGGUCAACCUCCUGCAAGAGCACUUUAUUCCAGGAAUGAAAUGUUUCAUCUUUUAAAUUUCAUGAAUACAGCAGUGGAGAAAAGAGACCAUGUUUCCAAACAGAGCUAAACCGCAUGUAAAAAACAAGGGGAAUGUGCCAGACUGUCUUAUGAUCAAGUAUUUAUAGUAAAGCUAUUAAUGGAAUAGUCACUACUGGGGAGUGGAGAUCCUAAAUAUAAAUGAAAAUUCUGACGUGCUAAUCUUUAACAGUGAAAACUUCAGUGCUGUCCUAGAGGAUAUAACAAAAGGUAAAUCUGUCUGCAUUCCACAUGGAUAAUUACACCAGUGAUGAAGACAUCGAUGAUGACUUUGACACCCAGCUCAUCAUUCAACAGAGUUUACAGGAUAGUCACAAGCCAGGAACUGCGGAGCAGUCACCUGAGGAUGAGAGCUUUUUGAGUGCUUACUAUAAGAAGAUAGUUGAAACAAUAGAGACAGGUAAGGAAGAUGUGUUGUCACAGUUGACCAAGUACCAUUCAGCUUUUGAUGAAGCAGAUGAGAUAGGCUGGCUUCCUCUCCAUAAGGCUGCAGUACAAUUAAAUAAGAACAUUUUGGAAAUCACCCUGAACGCCUCAAAACUCAGUGUGUGGGAGCAAACCACCCACAAUGGUGAAACGCCACUGUUUUUGGCUGUCAGCAGCAGCCUCUUAGAAAACGUCAGUUUUCUCCUUCUCAAUGGCUGCAAUCCAAAUACCAAGAAUGUCGAAGGCAAUUCACCUCUUCUUACAGCUGUUCUACAGGACUCCUAUGAUAUGGCCUCCUUGCUCAUCAGCCAUGGGGCCAACGUCAACCUGCUGUGUGCCAACAAGAGGACAGCGCUCCACGAAGCAGCCAAGCUGGGCAGACAGGACAUAGUGGCACUCCUGCUGGCUUCUGGGGCACACCCCGACCCACAGAGCUCCUACGGAUUCACUCCUCUCGCUCUUGCUGCCCAAAGCGGUCACACUGAAAUCAUGCAACUCUUACUGCAGAAAGGAGCUAAUGCUCUUGGUCAGGCCUCUGACUCUUCUUCCAUCUUACUUGAAGCUGCUAGCGGAGGAAAUCCAGACUCUGUGGCUCUCUUGCUAGAGUAUGGAGCUGACGCCAACGUCCCCAAGAAUUCAGGUCACCUGCCCAUUCAUGUAGCAGCUGACAGAGGCCACUUGUUAGCUCUGAAGAUUUUGGUUCCAGUUACUGAUUUUGCUGCCAUCAAGAGGAGUGGCAUCAGUCCAGUUCACUGUGCAGCAGCAGGAGCACACCCCAAAUGCCUGGAAUUUCUCAUCCAGGCGGGAUUUGAUGUGAAUUUCAUGCUCGAUCAGAGAAUCCGCAAACACUACGAUGACCACAGGAAGUCGGCUCUGUAUUUUGCUGUAUCAAAUGGUGACCUCUCUUCAGUUAAGCUGCUUCUGAGUGCUGGGGCUAUGCCUAAUCAAGACCCAGUUAACUGCCUCCAGAUAGCCCUCAGGAUGGGCAACUAUGAGUUGGUAAGUCUGCUGCUACGGCACGGGGCCAACGUUAAUUACUUCUGCAGAGUCAACCCUUUACAUUUCCCAUCGGCGCUGCAAUAUACACUGAAAGACGAGGUCAUGCUGAGGAUGCUGCUGAAUUACGGGUAUGACACGGAGCGAUGCUUCGAUUGUCCUCACGGAGACAAAGGUCAUCCUUUCUCUGCCUUUGAAGGCUGGACAUCUACAGUCAUCAAAGAUACCAUGUUCUGUGAAGUAAUAACUUUGUCAUGGCUGCAGCAUCUCUCUGGGAAAGUUGUUCGAGUGAUGCUUGAUUAUGUUGACCAAGUUAGGAUCUGUUCAAAGUUGAAAGCUGUGCUCCAAAAACAGGGGCUCUGGUCAGAAAUCCAUUUUAUCUUGACAAACCCUCGCUCUCUUAAACAUUUGUGCCGCCUCAAGAUCCGGAAGUGUAUGGGACGUUUACGUUUGCGCUGCCCCGUCUUCAUGUCAUUUCUUCCAUUACCCAACCGUCUAAAGGCGUAUGUCCUUUACAAAGAGUAUGACCUUUAUGAACAAGGAAUUUUCACAGGAACCUGGUAAUCAAACUAUUCUGGAUGAAAAGGACAACAAACUGCCCCUCGCUACUGGCUUGGUUUGGUCUACUGGAAGCAGCUAUCAACCGACUUUGUUCUUCUAAGUCCUAUUG